AUGGAUACGAGAUUCCCCGCUGCCCUAGCUGGACUACAGACCUGUCUCUCAAGAUUGUGCGAGCAGCUACAGAGAGCAGCUACAGAGAGCGGCUACAACGCACUUUCGUAUUUCGGAAGUCUCAAUCGUGGGAGAAACGACGUCACACCAAAAUCGCGCGUUCUCGUGCAAAGUCUCCUAUUUAGCAUGCUACAGAGGUUCCCAGCAGUAACUUCACAUGGUGACCCGGAGCUCUUUAAUGCCGAGAUUUUCGUUGCCGCUAAGACAGACCUGGAUCUCUCAUGGAGGAUCUUCGUAGAAUGCCUGCGCGUUCUUCCAUCUCCGAUGGUUUACAUCGUGAUAGAGGGGGUCGACCACGUCGAUGUGACAAAGGACCAAAUUGCUGACUUCGAAUCUUUUCUGAGUCGCCUAGGCAGCAUUUCAGCUGAUCUUUUGGACGAGAAGGUGAUUAAAGUCGCCUUGACUUCUGUUCGACCAAAUGCGGGAUUCCAGCACUUGUUUCCUAGCCGUGAUAGACUAGAGGUUGUCCACGAGCAUAAGCUUCUCAUUCGAGUACCGGCGGCGGCAGCACGAAGACGCAAACCUCGAUCGAAAAUGCAGAAAAAGAAUUCACUCAAUCUCUUUUCUCCAGGCCUUACAGUAGAGCCAGGACCGAGGGAUACAGGUAGCGACUUUGCCCCUUCAGACUCUGGCGGAGAGAGCGACGGCGACGCAAGCGAUUCAAGCUUCGACUUCGAUAUCUAUGGGAAAGGCAAGGAGAAGAUAGACCAUGCAAGAUACCCCUGGUCAAACUUGACUCCUGAAAACAGUCGAGCGAGUCCUGUGCAGCUUGGAUCUGGGGAAAGGUUGGAAACGACUAAAGGGCAAGAUGCCGAGAACUCUGACAGCUCAUUCGACAUAUAUGAGAAGACUACUACCGAGUUGCCCCAAGAAAAACCAGUCAGCGAAGAAGACCUAUCAGAUUUUGCACCAUGA